CACACACCGGAAGAGACUGCAGCACUACUGCUACCUUGCCUGCAAAUCAAUUGUUAUAGUAGCGGGUUUACGUUCCGGUGCAGUGUAAUUUAUUAUUUCAACAGUCGGUUCUAUAAUUAUUGCAGGAAUACUGUUUCCUUUUACAGAAUGCUGUCUUUAGACUUUCUCGAUGAUGUUCGGCGAAUGAAUAAGCGCCAGCUUUACUACCAGGUGUUGAAUUUUGGCAUGAUAGUAUCCUCAGCCUUGAUGAUUUGGAAAGGACUAAUGGUCGUGACUGGCAGUGAAAGUCCGAUUGUUGUAGUUCUCAGUGGUAGCAUGGAGCCUGCAUUUCACCGAGGGGAUCUCUUGUUCCUAACGAAUAGAGUGGAGGAUCCAAUCAGAGUAGGAGAGAUUGUGGUCUUCAGAAUUGAGGGAAGAGAGAUUCCUAUUGUGCACAGGGUGCUGAAAAUCCAUGAGAAGGAGAAUGGAGACAUCAAGUUCUUGACAAAGGGAGACAACAAUUCUGUGGAUGACCGAGGGCUAUACAAGCAAGGCCAACACUGGCUGGAGAAGAAGGAUGUGGUGGGAAGAGCUAGAGGAUUUGUGCCAUAUAUAGGAAUUGUGACCAUUUUGAUGAAUGACUACCCUAAAUUCAAGUAUGCUGUGCUGUGUAUGCUGGGCCUGUUUGUGUUGGUGCAUAGAGAGUGAGGAAUGUCACA